AUGAAGUCAAGAAGCUCAAUGUUCAAGAAGUCUUAUGCCCAAGCCGCUAGUUCCAAGUCUUCAUCAACAGCUGAUUCUAAAGCGAGCCGAGAGACCGAAGCACCAUUAACCAGGAGCCGUGCAAGGAGCUUAGGAAUGCGACCGCCAGAGCCUGAGUCAAUUGUUCGACGCAUGAUUCAAAGACUCAAAACGCCCCCUACUGUCCCAAUGAAGUCUAUCUAUGUUGCAGGUCCACCAUCUUUGAAAGGAACAACCAAUAGCGGGAGGCUGACUUCUUCGAAAGGAGCAGCUGGCAGCGGGACGCCGACUUCUUCAGAAGGAGCAGUUGAUAGCGGGAGGUUGACUUCUUCGAAAGGAGCAGCUGGCAGCAGGAUACCGACAUCUCCGAAAGAAGCGGCGAAUAGCGAGAAGUCAGCUACCCCAAAAGGAGCAGCUAAUAGCGAGAAGUCGGCUACCCCAAAAGGAGCAGCUAGUAGUAAGAAUCCAACAUCUCCGAAAGAAGCAGUCGAUAGCGGGAAUCCAACAUCUUUGAAAGGAGUUAAUGAUAGUAAGAGUCCAACAUCUCCAAAAGGAAACGAUAACACGAGAGGCUCGUCACCGGCAUCGCAGACGUCCAACAUGUGGAAGGCCGCGCCAGAAUGGUCACGCAUCUAUACAGGCAUACCGGCUAUGACAACAAGCGCGACAACUAUAGAGGACUAG